UGGCUGUUGCCAAGAGUGCAGAAUCGGAUGAAGAUUGCACCCAUGGGGCCAUGGGAAAACUCGAAUCUACCUUGACACCUUUUUGCUUUCCAACAAUAUGGUCCAUCAAGCCUCAACAUUGAGCUUAUUCACGAAAGUAGUAUUCAAUACUUCGGAACUACCUAAUUAGUAUCGGUCUGCAUGUCCUAUUCUAUCUUUAAACCCCAUGCACUAUGUCUAGUCUAUUGAUUCAUUGGCUCUACUCUCAAAAAUACAUCUAUCUUGUCAAUUAUCCAAGGUAAUGAUGAGAUAAGAUGAAUCCUUUCAAUGCAUAUACCGUUUUUUGAUAUCGUUAGUUUAUGUUUCUGUUUAAGUUUUUCCUGUACUACUCGGGGCUUGCUAAAGUACAACAAGCAUUAUGCGAAGUAUCAUGCGAAUACCAUGACCCCUCCAAAAUUAUCGUAAGUGUGUUGUCGAAAGGUGGCGGUUUUUUCGAUAUCGCCGAUAAACGUUGAGAAGUACUUUCAACGUCGAAAAUUUAAGUGCUGACGCCUCUAAUUUCUAUCAUUUUAGGACUGACGUGAAAGACUACCCAAUGUAGUAGCACAUGCAGCUUUCUUGUCCAAACAGGUGUAGUACCUCGUCGCCAUGCCGCCCGGUCCACAUAAAGUAAUCGGUAAGAUUUGAAGGCUUAAAGCUGAUCCUUCCUCCGCUGUUCCCAAUUGAGGAUGGAAGCUUGUUCCAUCUGUUGGUCACUACCAUGCAACUGAACGCAAUUAUAUUUCCGAUGGCUAGAACUGCAUUAACCAUGUUCAAUCUCGUUACGAGAUGGAAGAAAGCAACAGUGUAGUGGCUUUGGUAGGCGGCAAUAUAGUUUAGUGCAAAUGUUGGUAUUAAAGGUGAGCAAUAUCCUCUGAAAAUCUUGUUCUGAUAGAAGUUAUUAAUGAUCGCCAUUGUUUGCGUGCUUUUAUGCAGUUGUAGAUGUCGGGACGCUUCUAAUUUGCUGCCAGGGAAUGAUUCGCGUCCGCAGAGGUCGUACAGCAUUGCAUUUAACACACACCUUUUUUUUCUAGAAUCGCCAAUACCGAUUUGUCCAAUAAGGCCAUCCAAAUUAUCCAACAGACGACAUAAUUCUCUGCAGCCGGGCUUUACCUCUGUACGCAUCACAACUUCCCCGGCCGAGGCCCAAACUGCCGGGAAACUUAUCUUUGCUGAUAUUGGAAAGUUGAGGCACGAAUUUAUAUCGACUGACCUCGAAGAAUCUGCUAGACUGUACGACCAACGACAUCUCUUGCAUCAGUCAUAUAUACGCACUUACGAACACACGCAUGCAACAGUUCGAUAGGCAGUACUAUAGUGGGUCUUGAACUCUAGAAAUUAUCCUAUUCUCCUGAGUUUUUCACCAAUCAAGGGCGUCUCACGUCACAUACUUAUAAACUGUCUAACGUGCUCCUGAUUCGAGCCAAUCCUCAAGUUCAAUCGGGUCAGCUGGUCGUUCGAGGCUCCGAACAUAAAUACAUCCUUGGGUAGUUAUAUGUGUGGGCACAGCAUAGAAGUACAGCUUUCUAGGGAGAGAGACCUGCAUUUUAAUAUAAUUGCUUGCUUCAAAACUUUUGACUCGUCACCUGAUCUUGCAAUCAGUCCAUAAUUUUGAUUCACCUUUGUGUGUUUGGAUUAUCUUUUGCAUGGAGAUAACAGUAUUGUCUCUAAUUAGACUAAUACGAGCUUGUAAGUAUUCACCAACUUUGAUACGCAGUACAACCUACAAGGGAUCUUUACCUCCGUGGUGAAUCAUCACCAACAGCAUCUUUCAGUUGGCUUUAUUGUUCUUUAUAAAAACCUCCACUUUCAACCUUUACCCUCGAAAAUACUGAUCAAGUACACAGCUCAUAAACUUUCACAAGCACUUAUUUUGUUUUCAGAUCAACGCUCAAAAUGCUUGGAGGAAUAGCACGAACCAAAAUCGCGCCAGCGGCCAAAAGCUGCCCCUCCCUUUUCACAAGAUCAACAUGGGUGAAAAGUGAUGCAGUACCUCGAAAAUGCGUCCAGAUCGCAUCACGAAACUUAACCUCGAAAUCCAAAGUACCACUCAUUUCCACAAGACAAUUUCGAUCAAAUGCAUCAGGUCGAGCAGCGGUGACCGAUCUUCCUAUGUUCCAUGAUGGGCCUAUGCCAGCACCCUAUGAACCUCCAAAUACUGCCAAAGUGCCCGGAUUACCAGUUUACGAUUCUUCCCUUUCUGACAGGACCGCGUACUGGCAAAAGAUUCCUCGCUGGAAAGAUAUCACUGAAGCUCAAUUCUUGAAAUACAAGUUUCAUGUAAGUUCCUCAGUUCUACGAGCCAUUCAAAGUUCGCAAAUGUUGAUAUAUUUUCGCAGACAAUUCAUACCAUAUCCACUAUAGUGCAAUUGGAAACUUUUAUGUUGGAGGUUUUACCACCAGUACUUCGGAGACACCCAGACUUUCCGGGCAUUGUAACCCGAGAAGACUUCAUUGAGGACGUUAAAGAGGGCAUCAAAUUAGCGCCAAUGUCGAUUCGCUUGCCACCUCAUAUCCUAAGUAUCAUUGAUUGGGAAAAUCCAUUUGAUGAUCCUAUCCGUCGCCAAUUCAUUCCAAUGAAAUCAAGCAAAGUCGAGGACCACCCAAAGGUUGAGUUGGACUCGUUGCAUGAGUCGGAAGAUUCUCCCGUAGAAGGCUUCGUCCAUAGGUACUUUAACAAAGCCUUAUUCUUAGGUAAGUUUCCUCACUUUCAAAAUAAUUAUUAUGAUGCUGAUCUAUUCAAGCAACAUCACAAUGUCCACUCUACUGUCGCUUUUGUACUCGUUCAUGGUCCAUUGGACCGGACAUGCAAAACGUCAAGAAAACCACCUUUAAACCUCAGCGAAAACGCUGGGAAGAUAUUUUCACUUACAUUGAAGAAAACUCCCAACUCCAAGACAUUGUUGUUUCUGGCGGAGACUGCUACAUCUUAACCGCCGAAAAUAUCCGACUUAUUGGUGAACGUCUUAUCUCAAUUCCCCACAUCAAACGAUUCCGAUUUGCCACGAAAGGUCUCGCUGUGUCUCCUGCUCGUAUUCUCGAUGACAGCGAUGGAUGGGCAGCUGAGAUGAUUCGUCUUUCAGCCUUGGCUAGGAAGGCAGGCAAGAGUAUGGCUAUCCAUACGCAUUUCAAUCAUCCACGUGAAAUGACCUGGGUCUCAAGAAUGGCCCUACAGAGAUUACAUGAGAAUAAUGUCACCGUGCGAAACCAAACCGUCUUACUUAAAGGCGUCAACGAUGAUGUAGCCACCAUGAGUGACCUCAUAAAAACUGUGGCUGACAAUAACAUUAUUCCCGUACGUAUCCCUUUCCCGACCCCUAUCUCCCCAAUCUCCCUCUAUUAAUGCAAUGCGGUACACACACUAACAUUUCCCAGUACUAUGUCUACCAAGCCGACAUGGUACAAUACGUGGAAGAUCUCCGCACGCCACUCUCAACAAUCCUCCAACUCGAACGCCACAUUCGCGGCUCCAUCGGUGGUUUUGUCACACCCAACUUCGUCGUUGAUCUUCCCGGUGGCGGCGGCAAACGUCUCGCCGCUUCAUAUGAUAGCUACGAUCCUGUUACCGGUCGCUCAACAUUCACCGCUCCAGCCGUCACUGGUAAAAACAAAGAGAAUCGAGUCUACGAAUACUGGGACCCUUUGCAUUCUCUCCCAAAACCCACGUCUUCAUCCUCCUAGAGGAUUUGGUCAUUUUCAUUUAAGUAAGAUAAUGGUAGAUAGAUAGUGCUUUGCUUUGGUGGUGCCUACGGAGUUGACCUUCGUUGGCGGGUACAAGGGUACAUAUUCCGGUCUUUUGAUCUCCAUCGCGCGCACAUGGUUAUUUAAUGCAAUAUUUCUGCAUUCGGGUUUUCAUCUUUCUUGAUAUCAUCUGAGCGAGCAAAUCCAAAGGCAAUUUUCUUUUCAAGUUUUUUUUUUCUGUUUUGCUUGCUUGCUUCGCUUUUCUUUGGUGGCGCGUUCGAUCUUUUGGGACAUACGGCAACUUCACAGUACAUGUUUUUUGCUUCCACAAUGGUAAUUUGAUUAUUUCUUGCUUCUUGGAUUAUGAGUGCUGGAGCUGGGUUUCUUGAGCGGAUGGAUAAAGGUUGAAGGAUGGGUAUAUGAAUGGAUGGAUGGAUCUGUGUACUGCCAUACCUAUUGGAAAUGCGGAUGAAGAAUCGAUACCAAGUUAGUUUAUUCUUUUGGCUGACUUUGGCUUCAAUGGUUGAUACGGGUGGAGAGUUCAAUUUGAGGGGUUUUGAUGAAGGGAUCGUAUAUAUCUGGUCGUUAGUUACCUUGCUUGCUUGCUGGCUUGCAUGACAAUCAAAAGUUAUCUAUUUUUUUUUGCAGAU